ACGCAGGCGCUGCUGUAUCUUGCGGGAAUGCGAGUUCUGGGGGACAGCGCGUUAUGAUGCACGCGUUGCACCGGCGCACGUGUGAAUGCAAUCAUAAACGGCGAUCGAGGCGGUAGUAAAGUAGAUAUUGGAAGCCUGUAACUGUAAGGCUCCUGAUGCAGCGGACGGUGGCUGUCCUUGGUGGCGGGGUGAGUGGCCUCGCUGCCUGCUACUACCUCGCCAGAAGCCCCCAGGCACCCAAGGUCAUUCUCCUCGAAGGUAGCAGCCGUCUUGGAGGCUGGAUCCAUUCCACACGUGCAGAGGAUGGGGCGGUUUUUGAACAUGGACCCAGAGGAAUCCGCCCUGCAGGAGCUAUGGGGAAAAACACUCUUCUUAUGGUCUCUGAACUUGGUCUCGAACCAGAUGUCCUUCCUGUCUGUGGUGACCACCCGGCCUCCAAGAACCGGUACCUCUAUGUUGGGGGCGCCCUGCAUAAGCUGCCUUCAGGCAUUGGUGGCAUUCUCCGGACGGUCCCACCUUUUACUCGUCCCCUGCUUUGGAGCGGGCUGAAAGAGCUGAUGGCCCCCCGUGGCUCUGAGACAGAUGAGAGCAUUCACGCCUUUGUGAGGCGCCGCUUUGGCCAUGAGCUGGCCGACAUUGUCAUUGACUGCCUCUGCCGGGGGGUGUUUGCUGGGGACUGCCGGACACUGAGCAUGCGCUCCUGCUUCCCAGCGUUGUUCCAGGCGGAGCGGACACACCGUUCGGUUAUCUUAGGAAUGGUCCUCGGAGGAGGCAAAAGCAUCCCCGUGGACUCUCCGCUGAUCCGCAGGGCCAAGAAGGAGCGCUGGAGCCAGUGGUCGCUGCGCAGCGGCCUAGAGGCCCUGCCUGAAGCCUUGGUGGACUUUUUGAAGCAUCGUGGGGUGGAGAUCCACUGCGAUGCCUCCGUGAAGCGGCUAGAGAGAACAGCGGCUGGCCGUUGGCAGAUAGCCCUUGAGGAUGGCGCAGUGGAGGCCGAUCAUGUGAUCAGCGCAUUGCCCGCAAAAGCUCUCGCCGCCUCACUUCCAAGCUGGGCUGAGCCGCUGCGCCAAGAGCUGCUCGCCAUCCCGGCAGUCUCUGUGGGGGUGGUGAACCUGCAGUACAAAGGUGUGGAGCUACCUGUCACGGGCUUUGGGCACUUGGUGCCCUCCUUUGAAGACAGCUCCGUGCUGGGCAUUGUGUACGAUUCCGUUGCCUUCCCCGAACAGGACGGAUCCCAGGGUCCCGCUGUUCGACUUACAGUGAUGCUGGGUGGCGCAUGGUUCACGCCAGCCCUGGGUGACCCAGACACUGUCUCUGACGCUACUCUGGAGAGUAGAGCACGAGCGGCUGUGAAGGAGCAGCUGGGGGUGUCUGCCGAGCCAUCUCGCACGAUUGUGAAGGUGCACAAGGCCUGCAUCCCGCAGUAUACCCUUGGUCAUUGGAAACACAUAGAGACCAUCUCUUCUUACCUAGAUAGCCAGAAGCUGCCCUUCAGCCUGGUAGGGGCCUCCUAUGAGGGCGUCUCCGUCAACGACUGCAUCUUCGGUGCCCGGAACGCCGUGGCCAAGCUUCUUGGCACACCCUCCCGAGGGUUAUGAAGGGGGUGUCAAUCUUUCCUCAGCUUUGGGUCUCCUGUGUCAAACUGUUCCUCCUCUUUAGUUGCCAGUGGGUUGGCUUUUGUGUAGCGAACUUCCUGGGAUGAGGAAGUUGAGGAUUUCUAUCGCCAGACUUUGGAAGACUCGUGUUUCAAAACAGCCACUAAGAGGCAACCAUUGGUGUCAAAUGCUUCUUCCUCCUCCUCCUCAGAAUAGUACUUACGGAGAACGGAGGAAUAUAGUCCCUCCAUGCCCAAUAAGAAUUCCUGUUUUCCUAUUGUACAUCUCUGACCCAUAAUUAAAUACGAUUGCCUCCUACGCUCUUUAUUGGAGCAUAGUCUUGAUAGGGUCUGUGUGAGAAUUUUGAGUGGGUCGUUGUAAGGCCUUGUUCCAGUGUAUGAGCAGCUGUGUUGGAUAUGACCAGGGCUCAUUUCGAGGGGGAACGCGCAGGAAUGCAGUUCCGGCAGUUCCCCAAAGAGGUCACAUGUCAGGUGGCCCCACCCACCUGCCUCUCGGCCAUUUGGGGCCCGUUUUGUCCUGGAUUGGGGCCGAAACAGCCCGAAUCGGGCCUCUUGACGGGUGGUGGAUCACUCUCCCGCUCAGCAGCGGCCCGAUCCUGACCAUUUUGGGCCACUUUUCAGCCAUUUUCAUCCCCUUUUUGCCAUUUUGGCCCAUUUUCGGCCCUGAAUGGCCAGGAUUGGGUCCAAAACAGCCAGGAUAGGUGAUGUCAGGGGGUGUGGCAUAUGCAAAUCAGUUGUGCUAAUGACAUUUCUGGUGAUGGCAAGGGGCGUGGCAUAUGUUAAUGAGAUAUGCUAAUGAGUUCCCCCACCUCUUUUUCUACAAAACGACCCCUGGAUAUGACUUGAUGGUUUUUCUUGUCCAUCAUCCUAUUUCACACAGUGGUUAACUGAGGGGACCUAGAAGGCCCGUAAGCGGGGCAUGGAGGACAAAGCCUCCCCCAGUUUAUUAGCUCACCACCACUGGUAUUCAGAGAUAUACUGCCUCUGAGCAUGGAGGUUCCACUCAGCUGUCAUGGGUAAUAGCCACUGAUGGACCCCAUCCUCUGUGAAUUUGUCUUAUCCCCUCUGAAAGCUGACUAAACCUGUGGCCUUCGUGGCAUCCUAUGGCAGUGAAUUCCACAUUUUCUUAUUCUCAGUAAAGAACUAUUUUGUUCUACCUCUACUGCUCCAUAGUUCAUUGGGUGCUCCUCAGGGCACAACUAGAUGUGAAGGCAUCCUGUGGCGGUAAAGAAAGAAACGUUAUACAAGAAAACUUGUCUAAUGAUCACAAUUACAAAUAUUAUUCUGGAACUUUCCAGAAUAAUGUUUAUAAUUGUCCGUAACAGAUUUUGUUGAGGUCUCACAUUUUGCUAACCAGUCUGCAUCUCUUAUUUUUUGUCAUAAUUGUAAACAGUAAGUUUUUAUAAAAUCAUUCAUUUGCAUAUAUUACGGCAGUAUGUAUUAUAUUGCAUCUCAAGUGAGAUUAUAAUAUUGUGAGUCAC